AUGGCUCCUAAAAACACCACAGAUAUAAAGGCAGCAAUUAAGGAAUCCAUUAUAGAAAUCCUAAGUGACGACGAAUUUAUAAACAAACUUCUUAUCAAGAUCAACGAAAAACUAGAUGUGAUACAGUCGGCAGUCAACGAUAACUCGGAUAAAAUCGAAUUGAUAAACAAAAGGAUGGAUAAUCUUAUGCAAGCGGAGAAAAUCAACAAUGUAUGUAUCUUCAAUUUGAUGGAAAAUCAAGAGGAAAAAUUAUUGGAGAAUUUACUUAAAUUAUUCAAGGACAACAUGAAGGUAACACUCAACAAAACUGACAUUGCGAGGUGUUAUAGAGUUGGUGUGAAAAAGGAAAAGCCGCGUCCAGUGAUUGUUCGCUUCGAACGUUAUCAAACAAAACUAACAAUAAUGAAAAAUUGUGGACGUUUGAGUGGAACCAAAAUUGGAAUAGUUGAAGACUUAACUAAAAAUCGCCUUGAGUUAUAUCGAUCGCUUCAACGGAAAUGCGAGGAUAAAAAACAAGUAUUCACGCGCAACGGAAAUAUAUACAUUAAAAGUGAGAAUGGCGUAGAGAGAAAAAAUGUAACCUCAUUAGAGUGA